AUGGCCUCUUCACUUCGCCUUGGAGGCUCCCUGCUACGUACCUCUUCCGUUUACUCUAGAUCUUUCGUCCAGAGAGCUGCCUUCAAUGGUGUCCGCUGCGCAAGCACCCAAUCCCUGAAAGAGGCCUUCGCCGCUAAGCUUCCUGGAGAGAUUGAGAAAGUCAAGAAGCUAAGAAAGGACUAUGGUUCCAAGGUCAUUGGCGAAGUCACACUCGAUCAAGUUUACGGUGGUGCUCGAGGCAUCAAGUCACUUGUCUGGGAAGGCUCCGUCCUGGACUCAGAAGAGGGUAUCAGAUUCCGGGGGAAGACCAUUCCCGAAUGCCAGGAGCUUCUCCCCAAGGCCCCAGGCGGCGAGGAGCCAUUGCCAGAAGGCCUUUUCUGGCUUCUCCUCACGGGUGAAGUUCCCAGCGAGCAACAGGUCCGCGAUCUGUCUGCUGACUGGGCCGCUCGUUCCGAUCUUCCCAAAUAUGUCGAGGAGCUCAUCGACCGCUGCCCCAGCGACAUGCACCCUAUGGCCCAAUUCUCCAUUGCUGUGGUCGCUCUCGAACAUACCUCUGAGUUUGCCAAAGCCUAUGCCAAGGGCAUGAACAAGAAGGACUAUUGGUCAUACACCUUUGAAGAUUCCAUGAACCUGAUCGCGAAGCUGCCCACCAUUGCGGCCAAGAUCUAUCGCAACGCAUACAAGGAUGGCAAGGUGGCUCCGAUUCAGAAAGAUAAGGAUUAUGGCUACAACCUGGCAAACCAGCUUGGAUAUGGUGACCAGGCCGACUUUGUCGAACUCAUGCGCUUGUACCUCACCAUCCACUCUGAUCACGAAGGUGGCAAUGUGAGCGCACACACCACUCACCUGGUCGGCAGCGCUCUGAGCUCCCCGAUGCUUUCCCUCGCCGCUGGCCUCAACGGCUUGGCUGGACCACUCCACGGAUUGGCCAACCAAGAAGUGUUGAACUGGCUCACGAAGAUGAAGGAGACCAUUGGUGAUGAUCUCAGUGACAAGGCCAUCACCGACUACCUCUGGGCUACUCUCAAUGGUGGUCGUGUCGUUCCGGGAUAUGGCCACGCCGUUCUUCGCAAGACCGAUCCUCGUUAUGUGUCGCAACGUGAAUUCGCCCUUCGCAAACUUCCUGAAGACCCCAUGUUCAAGCUUGUGAGCCAAGUUUACAAGAUCGCACCCGGUGUCUUGACCGAGCACGGCAAGACCAAGAAUCCUUACCCCAAUGUGGACGCGCACUCCGGUGUCCUCCUGCAAUACUAUGGAUUGACUGAGGCCAACUACUACACCGUCCUCUUCGGCGUCUCUCGUGCUCUCGGUGUCCUGCCUCAACUCAUCAUCGACCGCGCCCUAGGUGCCCCUAUUGAGCGACCCAAGUCCUUCAGCACCGAAGCUUACGCCAAACUUGUCGGAGCUACAUUGUAA